AUGAGGGCUUUUGAGGACACGUUUGGGAUCCUCUUCGUCCCUUUGAUUGUCUUUCUCAUCGGGUAUAGCUGUGCGAAGAGGGGAGCAAAACAGGUACGAUUGUAGCGCAUAAUAAAAAUUUUUUUUUAUUUUCUACCUACUGUAUAAAAUUUGUUUUUUUUUCGACCUGCGCCCGAGCUUUUACUUAGCGGUUUUUAGCUAGAUCUCAAGUUUUUAUUCUUUGGUAGAUAGAAGAAGAUCUUACGUUUAAAUUCCCAGUUCUGUAACGUUUUUUGAGUCAUCUUAUGUUAUAAGCCGCAUUUUUACAAUUAAACUUUUUCCGCAGCCUGCAAAAAAUUAUUUCUUUUUUGAAUUUUACCGUAAACCGGAAGUGUUGCAUCCUAGUUUACCCAGUUUGCCCAGAAUCAAAACCGCAUCCCAGAAGAGGCCUCCCCAAAACCGGUGCCGCCAGUCCAAGGUGCUCUUGCAACAGUCAAAUCUGACAAAGCUCAGGUUCCCUCCACCAAACCCACGGCCAAAGGGAUUGAUUUGGAAUCCGAAAAGACUUGUGUUUGCCCAUCAAAGAGGUCGCGGAAAUCGCCGAGAAGUAGGAGUAAAAAAUCGCCGGCAAAGCAAAAGGAUGAAAGCAAAAAGAAACCGGCGAAAACUGGACCUGGUAAGGAGAAGAUUGCAAGUGAAAAUGUCGGAGUUUCUUUAGUCAAAAUUGUCACUUCCCUGGAGCAAACUCAAAUAUCUGCUGGGACGAUUAAAAAGUCGGAAGUUCAGCCCCAACCGAAGCGAUUGAAGACCGCGAAGAACGACGAUGAAGACUCGGACAAUUGUAUUAAUCCUCCGGUGGCAGAGCUGGAUGUGGACAAGACUCAGGACAGCAAUGAUCGAGUUGUUCAUGAUGACGAUGACACAAAUGACAAUGAAGAUGACAUUAUGAAAAAGGACAAAAAUUUGAGUGAAUAA